AUGACGGAAGUUAUAACAUCAGUAGUUAUUGAUGUAUUAGAUAUGAUGAAGGAAGUUAUAACAUCAACAGUUACUGAUGUAUUAGAUAUGAUGAAGGAAGUUAUAACAUCAACAGUUACUGAUGUAUUAGAUAUGAUGAAGGAAGUUAUAACAUCAACAGUUACUGAUGUAUUAGAUAUGAUGAAGGAAGUUAUAACAUCAACAGUUACUGAUGUAUUAGAUAUGAUGAAGGAAGUUAUAACAUCAAUAGUUACUGAUGUAUUAGAUAUGAUGAAGGAAGUUAUAACAUCAACAGUUACUGAUGUAUUAGAUAUGAUGAAGGAAGUUAUAACAUCAACAGUUACUGAUGUAUUAGAUAUGAUGAAGGAAGUUAUAACAUCAACAGUUACUGAUGUAUUAGGCACGAUGGAGGAAGUUAAUCUAAAUAUCCUGUCGUGA